AUGGACGACUCUAGCAUCGUUUCGGAACUGCAGACUAAAUCACCCUCUCUACAGUCUAUUACAAUGGAGAGCAACGAAGCAACUUUACAAGGCUCACUGAAGAGGCGCAGACUCAGCAAAGACGAAGACAUCAUAGCAGCAAUGCGAGACCGUCAUCAACAAGAAGAAGCGCAGCUGCGUCGACUGAACGAUGAGAUUUUGAUGCUCAGACGUGAUGCGACAUCUACAACACAGUUCAAUCGUAUGAUCGCCGAGCAAGCAGAAGUGGCAAAGGCUCUCAGAUGCGAAGUUGAACAGCUGAAGCAGGUGAACGAGGACAGGAAGAGAUCUUCUCAGAGCUUCAAGAAUAUGUUCGAAAGGAGUCAGAGCAGCGUAAGAAAUUGGAAGGCACGGGCUGAAAGGGCAGAGAGCGAGGUGAAGGAAGAACGGACUGAGAGGUUUGAGGCGGAAGCAAAAUUGGAAAGAUACCUUGAGGCACAGAAGUCUAUGACAAAGGAAUUCGGAGGUUGA